AUGCUUCGCGGCGUCUCUGGAGGCGAGCGGAAGCGUGUGACAACGGGCGAAAUGGCCUUUGGCAACAAGUUCGUGCUCAUGAUGGAUGAGAUCAGCACAGGUCUGGACAGCGCCGCCACGUUCGAUAUCAUCUCGACACAGCGCAGUCUGGCCAAGACAUUCAACAAGACGAUUGUAAUAUCGUUGCUGCAGCCGUCUCCUGAGGUCUUUGAGCUGUUCGAUGAUGUCCUUUUACUCAACAAAGGUUACGUAAUGUACCAUGGAGCUCGUUGCGAGGUGCAGAGUUACUUUGAGGACAUGGGCUUCCACUGUCCUCCAAACCGAGACGUGGCAGAUUUCUUGAUGGAUCUUGGAACGAACAAGCAUCGUCAAAGUCAGACAUCCACAAGCUUCCAGCAGAACUUCUUGACGGGGACCGCCACCAUUAUCGCUCGCGAGCUGAGAGUUCUCUUCCAAGAUUCCGCUGCGGUCUUGAGUCGAUUAUUCAUGGCUUUGGUCAUUGGUUUGCUGUCUGGUUCGGCGUUCUAUCAGUUCGAUGAGUUGAACUCCCAUGUCAUCAUGGGUCUGGCCUACACCGCAGUGGACACUUUAUCCGUGGCCAAAUCCCGGUGGUUCUGA